GGAGGUUUUCCUUCAUUCUUUCCUUUUUCUUUCUUUUUUUUUUCUUUUCCCCUCUCUUUUUUUUUUCUUCCUCCCUGUGUGCAGUCUAGAAAAACAACUUGCUACUGAGCGCAAUAGCUGGCAACUUCAAAAAAAAAAAAAAAAAAAAGUGAGGAAAGAAAGUUUAGGAAAGGUCUCGUCCCAGCGUGCUAUGAAAAUCUGGCUGCGCCGGUGUCGCAGGCUCACUGAGGGCGAUGGGAAGGAGCUGCCCUGCUCCCCUCAUCGGUUCCUGGUCCGGCACGGUUUAAUUCUGCUGGUGUAAGCGGCUCGAGCAGGAGCGGGUCCCGGCGCCGAGCAUCUCUCCUCGCUGCCCCGCGCCAGGUGCCCUUUCGCGACUGAGACGGUGACCGUCAACGCGAGGUGGCUGCUGCUUCUCAAGAUCCUGAUCUACAAAGCCGGUUUAAGGGAGCUUGAAAUGAAUACGGCUUACAGCCAUAUGUAGCAUGCUGAUGACAUUCUGCGCUGCAUCGAGAUCCAUAAAUCAAGAGGGUAUGAUGCCUAGAAAUCUCCUGUCAGACUUUUCUGAAAUGGCAUCUGAAAUCUCUCCAAAUCAUGUGCUUGGAAGUACAGAGAGGAGUGACAAUGUGGAGAAUCACAGCACCCAAGCUAGGUGCAGAAAUGUUGCCUUGGACGAUGAGAGUCUGAAAUACUUAACUCACGAAGAGAAGGAUGUUCUCAUGUUCUUUGAAGAAACCAUAGAUGCCUUAGAUGAUGACUUGGAGGGACCAGUCCUACCUGACAGUGGCAUCCACUCUCAGUCUCCAAGGUCGACAGAAGAAAAUGUCUCCAGUCAUUCGGAGACUGAAGAUACUGUCGACUUAGCGCAAUCUACGCCUGACAGUAGUGACCAUGAAGGCCCUCCUACCAGAGAUGAAGAACCAGUGUUAGAUGCUGCCUGGAGAACUGAUAGCCCCAAGCCAACAGUAUCUGCUGACCUUCCCUCACAUCCCUCUGUACCACCACCACCAACACGUGAGAUGCUUCCUCUUCCUCCUCCUCCACCACUUCCCCCUCCAGUGCAGCACCCAAGGCUGCUUCGCUCCAUCCCCACUCCACUCAUUAUGGCCCAGAAGAUGUCUGAGCAGCAGAUGGAGAGCCGGGUGUGCUUCUCCAGUGCCCUCAAAGAAGGAAAUUCUGAAAGGAAGAAAACUCCAGUAUCUAACGGUGAUUAUCUUGCUCCUCCUAAGCAUCCUCCCCCACCAGCACCCAAACUGCACCGGUUUCCAAGUAACAUUAACAUAACCAAUGUCAGCGGUAAAGAAUUCAACAAGACUAUUUCAAAGGCAGCAGUUAACGUGCAGGAGCGGAGAGCUCAGGUGUUGGCCAAUAUCAAUGGAGGAGCCUUUCUGGCAGCUGAACUGGAGGAAAAGCUGCAGAAAAGUGAUUUGUUGGGACGUAACAGGAGUUCUUCCUUAAGGGAUCUCUCCUCUGAACAGACACGAUACGAAGCCCUGACAAAACUUGGUCUAGUGAAAGGAAGGCCAGCUCAGGACCAAGUGGAUCACGCUCCAGGUACUCGGCAGCUUGACGAUGUGCAGCCCAAACAGGCAGAUGCUGUUCCCAAUGGAUAUCAGAACAUCCAUGAGAUUUUAAGAAGCGAGCCCAGCCCUUUCCUUCCUCUCGGCAAAACUUUAACAAUCAAACCUGAGGUGACUCUUACUGCUAACAAGGUCACUCAGCAGAACCCAGCAAAAGGUUUUAAUGAUCAUAAACAACCUAAUCUAAACCUGGAUAUGAGGAGGAGGUCAGGUUCACUGCCUCGCCCUUCAGGAUUUCGAUCCCAAGGGGUAACAGUAAGGUUUUCUGGACGUGGCUCAACAGAAGAAGCUAGAAGAGAGGCACUUCGCAAACUGGGACUCCUGAAAGAGACUGCGUAAUCCACGUGGGAAAGCUGUGGCAGUGGGGGGCAAGUCAUAGCUUGGCUUUGUGCUGGAACAAUCCCAAAAGGAUUGGGGUUAAAUGGACUGGAAGGAGGAGUCCUCUGCUUCAGGAAGGCUAAGGAGGCACUAGAUACUGUAGUAUGACAGCUAGUGUUUAACCCAGCAAAACUGACGUGUACAGUCAUGGGCAGUGGUGGGUUGCAACCUUCCUUGCUACCACAAUACUCAGUUGUUCUUUGUGACUAUGAAGAAUUUUAUUUAAGUAAUGCUGGACGAUAGCAGAGGGCAUCCUGUUUAUGAAGUGUACAGUGCAGUAUUGUUGUACAUAGCAAAUUGAACGGAGAAUCUUCCUUUUGCUCUACCUUUCUCAAGCCAAAAACGAGAGCUCUUUUUGUCUUGCACAUGUGUAUAUGUCUGUUCACUGGAGAUCAAGAUAUGUCAAAACUGAACACUUUGACCAAUGUGACCAACCUCUGUGACUGUUUGUCUUGUCUAUAUUAUCCAGCUCUGCUUCCUUCCCUGCCCACAGUGGGAUCUUCCCUUUCCUUGCUCUGUGCCCACUUGAUGGAAGAGUAUACAGAAGGCGAUUUCCAUUUUGACCUUCUCUUUGACAGAACGGCCCAAGCUUGGAGUUGGCGACUGCGUCAUUCUGCCACUUAACUUGAAGUCUGUCUUUCCUCCUGGCCACCUGCUUUGUGGUCAUGCUCUAGCAACCUGCUUGUCCAGUGAAAGGCACCUGAUAGGCCUGAAGGAUACGCGCAGCGCGUUGCUUUUAGCACUGACAGCCAAAGAGUCUCUUGACAAUCUGUAAUCCCAACUGUUCUGUACUGGUGAUGAUGUUACUAGCGGAGAAGCCAUAGGAACAAGUUAACUUUGUACCAAAUAUGAGAACCUUAAUGUCAGAAGGCUUACCCUUUACAUUAGGGUUUGCAGGAAGAAACUGUUACUUUGCAACAAUAUCCAUACUACGCUGAACAGCUGUGAUUAAGUUCUACUAUUUCUAAUAACUGUCUCAUGAUCUUCCCUGUGGCUUGAAAGCCCUAGCAGGCCUCUGUUCAGAGACAGCCUUAUUGAUUUUGCCCAGCCAAUACAUGAUAGAAAUUAGCCAAAACUCAUGCAGGUUAAGUGGAGUUACAGAACAGAUCGGUAUGUAAGAGUGUAUAGCUCCUGAAUGGUCUAAGUUGGCCCAUUUUGCCUUUAUUCCAUAGAUGUACUUUUAAAGAUGGUCCAAAAAAUAUUUACAUGUUAGUAUGAUUUUUUUUCGUAUAUGGCAAAGCUGCUCUUCCAGAAGAAAACUCCCUUCCCUUCUUUUUCAUUCCAAAACCUCACAAAUACUCAUUUUAAAAACAAGAUGCCAAAAUCAACACCCUCUAAAUUCCUCAUUGUUACUCCCGCGUGUCUGAGAGUCCUCAAAAUUUUUGCUAAAGGGAAAAAAACUUGCUUGUUCUCUGCACUUUCUCUGCACCUCAAGCAACCCCCUCUUUUUCCUCAGUAGCUGAGUAAUAAGCCUUGGAAAAGUGGAGGGGAGUGGCUGUACAGAAACCAACACACCCUUCAUACAAGAGCUCUGACAUAACUGUGAUAAACAACAUUGUAUUUCCUGUGAUAAAGUAUUUCAAACUUGCUGAGCUGUACUUGUAAAUGAAGCUGUUGAGAAGGAAAAUCUUUCUGUAAUUGUGAACCUGCCUCAGAAGUUAGUGUGUGGUUUGUUUUGUUUGUUUGUUUGUUUUUAAUUAUCUGCUCGCUGCUUAAAUUUUUAAUUGCAUCGUUAUGGUAUCUGACUCUUCUCUGUUACGUAGUUUUUCUUGUCCGCCUUCUCGCGGGGUAAGCGAUCGUGUUCCUCGUUGUGACAGGCACACCAUACGAAGCAGUUGGUAAUUAAAAAACACGACCAGUCCUCAGCCUGGCCGAGCACUUAAGCGUGCAUAGUCGAACGUGAGAAGUCUCGCUGAAACGGAAAAGACUGCGUGCGUGCCGAAAGUAAAGCACGUGCUUUCCUAGGACCCGAGUCCCUGCUCUUAAACCAGGAAGAUGAAGCACAUAAAGCCAAGCACCCACAGCAGUGCUGCCUGCGACAGUCCCGCAUGUGGAUACUACGGUGCCACUCAUCAGAGUAAAUUUAAGUGUUCCAUGACUUCCUGUGCUUUUAAAUCCUGUUAAAGAUAGUUUUACAUUAUAAACGUAAAGUGUGUACAAAGCAGUCUUCGCAUCUAAUCACUUCUUGCCAGUAACAAGCUCUUCUCAUGAGUUGUUCACAGUUGAGAGUCUGUGCUAAGAAAAAAUCCUGACACUAGUUGUUUCACUGAAAUUCAGCCCUGCUCAAUAACUGUGUAACUAACGCUAUUUAAAAAAAAUAAUCAUUUAGAUGCUCAAUAGCUAAAGCAUAGAGUUGCAGUAUGCUGAAUGAGCUGGAUCGUGUUCUUUCACCCUUUGUGUAGGGCUGUCUCUCCCACUGGUGGGAAGUGAGAGUUUUGGCUUCGUUAGAUAAAUCAGUCUCUGCCCAGUGAGGAGCUGGAGCGAGGUAUUCAUUGUGGCCCUUCACAGCAGCAACGUCCUGUUGGUAAAACCUUCACUGUGCCUGAAACUGUAGUAAGUAAAGCCGUGUACUAUAUGAAUUUAAGAGUCUAGCUGCUAAUAACCUAUACAUACAUACAUAUAUAUAUAUAUAUAUAUAUAUAUUUAGCUCUAUUUAAUGUAUCUUAUUUUGUGUGUAUAUGUUGCUGUGAUUUUUUUUCCCCCUCCGUGGUGUCAGAGGUCAAUGUCUUGCACAAAUCUGAUAAAUCAUCUAAUUAAACUGGGAUAAAACCAAUGGAAUUAUGGCUGAUGGAAAGUGAAAUUUCAUCCUUUAUCACCAGUGGCAUGUAUUUUUAUUAGACAAGGGAG